UUGCAUGCUGAACACUUAGCUUAAAAUCCCUAAAUAAACUCAGCCGAGCUGAGUUGGUAGUACUAGUUGUAAUAGUACUAACUCUCGGCCAUUUUCUUUGGUCACUGAGUCUCCUAGGGCUUUGCAUGGUCUCAGUUUCAGUGCAAUUCUGCAAGCGCUUUUAGCUGAAAAUGACUUCCUCUGAGUCAGACCUUGAGGAGCAGCUUAAGGAGGCUGGGAAUAAGCUUCUUGACCCGCCUUCCUCCGUUGAUGAGCUCCUCAAUCUUCUUGAUAAAGUAGAGAAUUUGUUAGCAAAUGUGGAGCAAGCACCAUCUGAAUCAAUGAAAGAUGCUCUUUGGCCCUCAAUCAAGGCACUGAUCACUAAUGAACUUUUGAGGCAUGCUGAAAUGGAUGUGAAGGUUUCAGUUGCAUCUUGCAUCACCGAGAUUACAAGGAUAACAGCACCAGAUGCCCCUUAUAAUGAUCAGCAAAUGAAGGAAAUUUUUCAGCUGACUGUAGCAGCAUUUGAAAAAUUGUCUCAUGUGUCCGGUCGCUGUUAUACGAAGGCAGUUUCCAUUCUUGAUACUGUUGCAAAGGUCAGGUCAUGCUUGGUGAUGCUGGACCUUGAGUGUGAUGUGCUAGUUGUUGAAAUGUUCCAAAAUUUCUUAAAAAUCAUUAGGUCCAACCACCCACAUGCUGUAUUUUCAGCGAUGGAAAUGAUUAUGACCUUGAUCAUAGAUGAAAGUGAAGAAAUUUCCUUGGAUCUUCUCAGUCCUCUUUUAGCUAGUGUAAGAAAGGAAUAUCAGAAUGUUUCACCUAUUUCCUGGAAACUGGGGGAGAAAGUUAUCACUAAUUGUGCUGUUAAGCUUAAAAAUUAUCUCAAGGAAGCAGUGCAGUCUAUGGGUACUGCUUUGGAUGACUAUUCUCAUAUAGUCACUUCUAUAUGCCAAAGUGGAUCUGAUCCCCUCAAACACGAACAUGUCAAUGGCUAUGUGGAGGCUGUGGAGCAUUUGGCCAAUGAGAACAAGUUUGGAAAAAUGACAGAUUCAUAUGAGCAAACAAGGACAGAUCCAAUUGAGCCAGGCCAGUUGAACGAAGGUCUGGCUCCAGGUACUGUUUCUCCUACCAAAAUUGGCCAAGCUGUGGAUGGUACUUUCAAAUCAGUGAUGAGUAAUGGCACUAGGAAUGACGAGACUUUCAAAAGUGUGAACUCUUCAAAAAGAUUACAGCGUUGUCAUCUUACUAAACGUUCCAAAAUUAUUGGUGCAAGAAGCAAUGCUGAACCUGGCAACUUAGACUCUACGAAGGCAGCCAAAUCAGAAAUUGAGCCAGUCUCUGUUCCAAAGAAAAGGGGUAGGAAACCUAAUUCUUUAAUGAAUCCUGAGGAAGGCUAUGAUCAUUCUUGGAUUUGUACAGGAAGGAAAACUACAAACAUGCGUCAAAGGAAGUCUCAUGACAGGGGAUUUGAUGAUUCAGCUUCUGAAAACCUGGAUCCCAAGAAGGCCACUCUAUCAAGGCUUGAAAAAGUGACUGAGCCCUCAGGUUGUCAACCUAAAAAUAAUGAGAUCACUGCUGGUUCUCCUUCCCCAGAUCAUUCACUUCCUGAUGCAAGCCAUCCUAAAAGGGGCCGGCCAAAGAGAAAAGGGAACAUGGUGACUCAUCCUAAUUCCCUCUCAAGAUUGAAGGGAGGGUCCUUGAAUGCUCCAGUUGAGGAGAAAGCACCACAAUCUGCAGAUCUUAGUUUGAAAAAGGAAUCUGACGUUACCAGUAACUCUGAUGCAAAACCACAGGGGCGCUCAAGAAAAAUUCGAAUUACUACAAAGUUCAAUGAGGAGACAACUCUAGCUCCUGGAAUAGUUUCAGAGAAGGAAUCUUAUGUACCCUGUCUUCCUGAGGAGAAACCACUGCAGCCGUCAGAUAUGAAUGUAGGGACGAUGAAUAUCAAUGACAGGUUGUCAAUCCAAACAAAUAUCAAGAAAAGGAAGAGGGAUGAUACUACUUCUGAAAAGGAUGUUACUGGAGCAUCUGGUGGUAAGAUGAUUUCUAAGUCUGGAACUAAAUUAAAUAAUAGAGAUAAAAGUUGCUUGGAAGAAAGCCCCAAAACAAAAGUCAGGAGGAAGUACACCACUGUAAAGUCUUCUGUAAAGCCUGAUCUUGGCAAGCAAUUGGUUGGUAGCAGAAUAAAAGUUUUGUGGCCAUUGGACAAGACGUUUUAUGAAGGUGUUGUCAAUUUUUAUGACCCUUUGAAAAAGAAGCACCAGGUGUUAUAUGCUGACGGUGAUGAAGAAAUCUUAAACCUCCAAAAGGAACACUGGGAGCUGGUUGGGGAUAAUGUUUUACCAGGAGGCCAGGAGACUGAUCUUCCAGAACCAAAUGCUUCGUCUGAUAUACAACAAAAAAGGAAAAGGAAAGCGAAGUCAGGGUCAGCCAAACAAGAACAGGCUAAUUCUUCUUCAAAGAGGCUUUCCAGGGGUGGAGAUGAUUCGGCCAGCAUAUCCAAAGUCGUUCGUACAAAAUCUGGCGGUAAUUCUGCGGAUAAUCCAAAGCUUGAUAAACCUGUUAUUGUUUAUGACCCGUCUAGGACAGACGAUGGAUCGAAGGAUUACGGCCGCCAAAAAUCUAGUGGCAAGUUGAGUAUUGGGAGACUAAAGACUGGUAGCAGCUCAAAGCAGAGCAUGCCUAGGACUAUAGCCUUGCCCAGGGGAUUCCUUUAACUUUUAACGAGUAAAUAUGAGAAAGGGUGAUAGUUUUGUUUGCCUGAGUGAGUCAAAACAAGAUUGUGUAUAGAGAUGUGUAGUGACAGUCACAGACACAGGGUGGUAGGGCUUAUAAUUUUGGGUUUAGUACAGGGGAAGUAUCGUCAGUUAUAGUCUCUUUCUUUUUGUUUCUCAUGUAGUUGCAUAGGAUGGUUUUUGCCUUAGAAAAAUUACUGGGUUUAUGUAUUCCAACUUUCCUAUGUUUCUGCUCACCUUCUCUUCUCUUCAAGUCUUGAAGAGUCUCCAGUUUGCUCUAGUUUAGAGUCUCAAACUUGUCACGUCAACUUGAGUCAAUCUAAAGGCUGACAUGAAGCCACGUAAAUAUCCCAAUUGAAGGUUUUCUUUUGACCUGUGCUCAGACUAUAACGAUGAUAUGGAGUUAAAUUUGA